UACCAAACCUUAAUAGUUUGAUAAUCUGUGGUCCGUGGUCAAAGCCAAACACGUCAAUCCGUCUUUCACUCAAAUCGUCGAACAUUUUCUAGGUUAAUUGGUUAUUACGCGUCUUCCAUGUUAUUUUAAAGAAAACCCUUGAUUUACGGCAAUGGACGAGGAUUUCGACGAAGCCCUACAGCGGGCCAUAAUGGCCAGAGUGGCCCUUGUGAACCAUUUAAUAACUGACGUGACUAUAGGCCCCAAUUCGGUGAGAAAGCCAGGCAGUGAUCGAAAGCUGGCGGCACCAAAACCUAAAGCGCCCGGUUCAAAGGCUGAUGAGGCAAACUCGGUAAAAACUAGCCCUGUGAUCGAAGAGGGGGUGCCCACGCGGCAAUUGCUGCAGCUGUUCGACUGGGAAAGGCAAGAAAAUGUGCAUAAUGCUCUGAAAGAACGACUUCGUCGUUUUAAGCAGUUUGAUGCCGAGCAGGAAGAAAGUGGCAAACAGGCAUGGGCUGAUGCCCAACGAAAGCUGAACGACAAUUUGCAGAAACAGGAGAAUACUCUGAUCGAAGCCAGUAAACAGUAUGAGGUGAUUCAGGCGUCUCAACAGGCGCAACUUGCCCAGAUGAGGAAAAUUGCGGCAGAAAAUUUGGAACAGAAAAAACAGCAGCUAUUAAAUAGAGAAAGGCAACGACAGCUUUUGGCCAAUCGGGUGCUGAGCAUCAAAGAAAAUCAAGAAAAGUAUAGUGUGGUGUUUCAGCAGAUCAUAGAGUCGAUAAAAACCGUAACUGGAAUUCCGGCUUUAAAGGACAGUCUAGAACUAGAUAUCAAUGCAGUUAAAGGGUUUCAUGAACAAUUCGAAAAAAUCAUUGAAAAGUGUAAAGGUGAUAAUGUUAUUAAUGUAAAUGACGAGGAUGUGGAAGUGUCCGGUAACGUGUUGGAGAACAUCGUUGCCCUUAAGGGAAAAAUAGAUGCAGCGAUCGAAGAUAAACGAAAAGAAGAACAAAGAACCGCAGCUAGUAUCGAAGAAAAUAAGCAAGUAGUGCAUCAACCUGAUCCUUCUACAAAUGCAGCUCCAGUAGCGGUAGCUGGUAGUAUAGCGGACAACGUUUCUGAUAUUGCGGAGCAAAUUAAUUCCUACAUCAGCUUAAGCAACCUACAGAUAUAUCAGGCGGUGCUAAACUUCAGGAAAGCGUUUAAGGAACGAAUUAGCGAUGUGGAAAACAAUCAAUCACACGAGGUUAAAACGUUUAGGAACGACUGCAGAAAAACUAUUAACAUUUCCGUUAACGCGUUAUCCAAUGUUAAUCCGGAGCACAUUUUGGACAAAUACAGGAAACUUCACAGCUUGCUUAGAGGGGAAACUGUAAUGGUGGGCGAUAACGCAGUAAACGCAUCGAAACACCCACAAGGAAUUUCCUUCUGUAUGGACCUGUUGGCUAAGAAAUUUGUCAUGCAGGGCGAUACGAAUGUUUCAAGUAAUCCUGAAUCCGCCUUCUGCUAUGCAUCUGUAAUACUGUCGCUUUGGAAUGAUUUCAGCGACUUUGGCAUGCUUGUGUUGGCCUAUUUCUACGAAACAUGCCCUUACUUGGUGCCCUAUUAUAUUCCACAGGGCGUAGAUGAAAGCCAUGAGAGCUACUUCAAGAAACGCGGCUACCAAUACAAUAAUGGAGAUGUGGAGCAACAAGACAAGUUUAUCAUGAGAAUGAGCGGUAUCAUGAAGCUGUACUUUGCCUUGUUAAUUACCAAGCCGAAGCGGGGACAGGAAUCUCCCUACAAUUUAAAAGUUGGCUGGAGAUGGUUGGCGUCGUUUUUACGACUGAAGCCCGAAAUCGACAUUACGGCAACAGCAUUGCGAGUGUUUUUGGAAACGGUCGGCUUCGAAAUGGAUGCUCGAUAUGGGAAGCAGUUUCAAAAAAUUCUAAAAAUUGUUCUACAAAUAUUUUUGCCCAAAUGCAAAGAAACCAAACACUUGGGAGGCGUGCUUGAGCGCUUGGAGGAGCUGUUAAAUAACUACAUAAAGACUGGAAAGUUCGAAAAGCCGCCGACGUAUAUAGACUAUGCUUUCUGGUGAUUGGAGCCUGAUUGUAACAGAUGUAUUAUACUUAUUUACAGUUUAACAAGCCUUUUGAAAACGUC